CUGAGUUGUCACGACCUCACAUGACGUUUUACUGCUGAUUAAGUCAGAAAUAUUAUGGAUGGAUUAUUUUGCCAGCGUUGGCAAGGGCGAAUAUUCGUCCAGUAUUGAGAGUAUUUGCUGUUGUCAGCAAGUAACUGAAUACUUUGGCAAUAUAUAUGGAGAAGCUGCCUUCCUGUUUAAACUGUUUAGAUAUGCAAAUACGUCACCUGUCAUGUUGAAUUUUCUCACUGAAUUUGUAAACCAAAUAAGACUCAGUGUGAGUAUUGUGCGUUUGUUUACAGUGACAGUCCGUUUGAAUAGAACAGACAGAAAACUUGGGGAAAAGAUCCAAUUUGUUGCUGUCUUUUAUCAACGUCGAAGCCUAAGACGGGGAUAUCUGGUGCUCUUAUGUUGAAAAAACUAUAUUUGAGUGAGAGUCGCUGAUUACACGGUUUUACGGAGGAAAAGGCAACAAAAACAACAUGGUAAAUGCGUGCACUGAUCAGUGUAUCAAUUGAUGUGACCGCACGUAGUGCUAUCAGAAGCGAUAGAAAACAUUUAAUUCAGCGAACUGUCAUUCGACACAUAUAACUGAAUACGUUUACAGUAGAAGUACCCAGUUUGUUUGUGUUGUUAUGAUGCGAGGAGAUGUUGACGCAAAGAUUGUGUCACAUACUGUGUUUUCUUGUGACUGUCGCUACCUUUACGGUUAUUUCGUACGUCAGGAUAUAUGAAAGAAGUUACUUCCACUCGCCGGGGGGAUACAGAAACUAUGCAGACACGAACGACGGUAAAUGUCUGAAGAAUUACUUCCAGGAUGUUCUGUUGGUUGUAGUGUAUCACUAUGCGUUCUACGACACCCUACCUUUUAUCCAAUCUCAGUAUAAAGAAGCCUUUCCCCACAUUGUUGUUUGCGGACCCAAAGCCAGCACCAAAUUCGAGGUUUUAGCUGUUGAUUUUGGACCGCGUGGCUACUAUAGCUUCGAAUGCCUGGGAAAAGCUAUGCGCAUCCACCCGGGUUACAGGGGCUACAUGUUUGUAAAUGAUGAUAUGAUUGUGAACUGGUGGAAUUUUGCAAAACUAGACAAGGAUAAGAUUUGGAAAGGAGCAGAGAUCGAUCAAAGUGCUGCCCACGAAGUAAGUCAAAGACCAGUUAGGAAUGAUUGGAUGUGGUGGAGGAAAGAAAAUGGUUUGAAAAAUUGCGAGAAAGUAUUCCAAAAAUUGAACGAUGCAAGAAAUGAAUCUUUAAACAUCGAUGUACCUCGGUUACUACGCACUCAUUAUCGUAAUGGUAAAAAUAGAACCAUGUGUUUUCGAACUUGGUCGGACUUCGCGUACGUUCCUGGGAGAUUACGUCGAGAAUUCGAGGCACUUUCAAGGAUAUUUUUCGAAAAUAAAGUGUUUCUAGAAAUAGCAUUUCCGACCAUUUUAAGUAUGCUGAACGAUUGGAAGUGUUGGGAGAAUGCAAAUGGCCUUUAUUUGCCUGAAAUAUUCGGGUUCCAGGAUUUCUCCAAUGUAAAAUACGUUUGGCCUAAAUUCUCCAGAGAUGUUACGUUCUUGCAUCCUGUCAAGUUCUUUGGGAACAAAGGAUAUCAAAACAGAAGGAUAUUUAAUUCAAGAGUAUUGCCCUAUGUUAAACAUUACACGAACUGCUAAGAUAUUCGUUAUUACGAAUGGUAAUACAUUGAACCUUGUAGGAGAUUGAGCGUGAUAUGUAUAUAGGUUGUCACAUGAUGGGUGAGCCUGAGGUGAUAUCAGUUUAAUCGCCCGAGGGACAAUGUCACAAAUUGUCCUGAGGGCGAUAAAACUUAUAUAACCGAGCCAAUCAUGUGAUAACCUGUUAAUCACAUACUUGUGCCUUUAUUCAGUUCGGGCUUCAAAUAUGACACAUAUUCAGCUUUAUAGCAGUUUUUAAAUCAUUUUGGUUUAUAACAGUAGCUUUCAAAUCCUUUUGCUUGAUUUUAAACGUUUUAUGGAAAUUUUUGAACGGAAUAAAUGGACCUCAAUAUGUCUUUCAGUGUAAAGAAACGCCAGGUUCCUACCUUGACGUAUGGCAUGCAUGUUAAUACAAAUUUAGUUAAUUGUACACGAAAAUCGUCAAUUUC